AUUUCCUAAUGAAACAACCCACUUGUAUCAUUAAAGUUACAUCUAAUCCCCAUCAUCAUUGUGUUAAUCAUCAAAACAUAAUACACCCACUCUGCUGUUACAGGACGCUGUGGCACAGCAGCAUCACACUACUCGGAGCUCAGCUGCAGUCAGUCUCAUGUGUUUGAUGAACUGGAGGCCAUCGCCCCUCGGUCAUCUUCCUGUCUGUCCAUGGGCCAGCCAUCAGACUCAUCAGGUUGUCCUUCACCCGAUACAGAGCUGACUCCCGGCCUGGCAGCACUGACAGUGGGCUGUGACUCAGGGAAUCUGGGCUCCCUGUCCCGGGUCCAGCUGCUCCUCCUUGACCGAUUGGAGCCCGAAACCCUGCCGAGUCCCUUCGGACAGGAAGAGGAGUUCUUAUCGGAGCAGGACUGGUCCGAUCUGAGGAUGCGCUAUGAUCCAGGAUUGACUUCACCAGGUGUUUUGAGGCCCCUCACAGCUGGUAGCGACUCUGAAAGGUGUGACUCUGCAGGGAAAGUCCAGGAAAACAUAUCGGAUCCAUCUGAAGGAGGUUCUGGGUCACCGUCUUCAUGGAUCAUAGACCUGAGUCCAUCAUACAACAUGUUCAGAUCUGCAGAUUCUCCCUUCAAGUCCAGUCACGAUUCCAGCACAGAUGAAGGGGGCCCCAUCGAGGAGGAGUCCAAUUAUCCAGAGUGGAAAGACCAAGAUGAGUCCUCAGCUGGAGGAAGGGGGACUGAAAGUCUUGAUAGGAAAGCAAAGGUGCUGAACAUGCUUUCCAAACUGCAGGACGACACACCUCAUCAUCCAAACAGCAACAAAGGUCGCUCCAACUUUGAGGAAUGUGAGUUUAUUAUCAAUGAAAGUUAGAUUAGAUUAGAAAAACCUCAUGCCACCCGUCGACC